AUGGCGUCCGCCGGAAUCAGCAGCAUGGGGAAUGGCAAGCCGUGCGUGCGCUGCUCGCCAUCGUCGCCGUCAUCGCCGGUACGCUCCGUCAUUCGCUCCGCUCUCUCGCCCCGCGCUCUCAUGCGCCAUCGUGCUCACGCCGUCAUGCGUUCAAUGCACCACUCGACAGCGCGCACACGCGAUGGAUGCCCAACGAACUCGCUCCUUCGUCCGUGCCCCUCCCAUGCCACAUGCCGCUCCCUUGCAGCGUGUCUCCCCCAGCCGUCGCAAGCAGCAGCAGCAGCGAGCGUGUCGGUCCCAGUGCCGAUAGGCACGCCGAUGACAAUCAACGGGCGCACAUUCAAAUUCUCGCCGCGCCGCUGUGUCAACCUUCCCGCCAUGUCGCCGUCUCAGAAGGCGCGGGUGGUGGUGCCGUGGCAGCAGGCGAGCAUGUCUGGCAAGGCUAUGUGCCGCGCGAUCUGGUUCUUCCAGGAUCCCGCGUGCAAAGGACAGACGUUUGGACGUUUUCGUGAAUGGCCAACAGAGGUGCGCCUUCCAUUCUUGCUCGCCUUGCUUCCAUGCUCCUAUGCUCUUGAUGCCGCUCGUUUGCUCCCCCACCUGAUCAACGAUCGUUGCACUCGUGGCGCCCUCCCUCCCCUGUGUGCAGUGAGAAGCGCAUCUCCGGUGCAGCAAGUUCGCUGCGCUGCAGAGCGCACGACGGCGAGUGGUGGUGGCAGGCUGCCGCGCCUCAUCUCUGCAUUCGCCUUCCCCCUUUUCCCCCCUUCCCCGGUUCCCCCCUUUCCCCCGGGUCCGCACGGCGCUGUGCGGCAGACAACAUGUGUCGGUAUGCGCGCUGCCCUGCCGGCUCUGACACAUGCACCCCACCCACGGACGACCGCACGGCAGUGA